CCCUGCGCCCGUUCGCCUCCUGAUCCGCGUGGAUCUUUUUUAUCUUUUCCUUGGAAUCGAACUAGACUUCCCUUCCCCUCCUUCAAUUUAUUCUUAUCGCAUACCUUCCUUUGUCACUUGUCUCUUUACCAGAUUCUCUUUCUGCAAACCUGAUCGCGCUUGCUGUCUUCGCCCUCUUCAGCUGUUGAUUUCUCUAUUGUCGUCCUUCGUCCCUGAAAUCCAGCUGCCUCGCGACCGGCCCACCCUAGUCAAUCGACAUCUCCUUUGUACUGGCUUCAUUCCAUUCAAAUCCGCCCAGCAGUGGCACCCACCUCUUCUUAUUCACCCAUCAUGGCCGUCAACGCCUCGGUCGCCUUCGACCUACCUCCGCUGCCGACAUACACCCUCUCCGUGCGGGAACCGCUACUUCCGCCCAUUCCCGAUAACGUCCUCGCGCUGAUUCUGCCCAUCAUCGCCUAUUGGGGCAUGUCAAUGAUCUAUCACUUCAUCGAUGUCAACGGUUACUUUGAGAAAUAUCGCCUCCAUACCCCUGCCGAAGUCCUGAAGCGAAACAAAGUCACCCGGUGGGAAGUUGUACGCGACGUGAUCUUGCAACAGGUGAUCCAGACGAUUGCCGGAUAUGGAAUGUCAUAUUUUGAUGCGGUGGAGACGGUAGGCCGUGAGGAGUACGAUGUGGCCGUGUGGGCUACGCGUCUUCGACUUCUCCAGAAAGCCAUUCCCCCAACGUUGGCUCUCGUUGGUGUCGACGCCGUAGGCCUGGCCAAGUCCGUGUCCCAGAACGGGACGAUGCUCGCCGGGGCGCUGGCUGGCGGUUCCUACCCUGAUGUGGUCCAGUCUCUGAUCCUAGACAGUGGAGCAGAGGUCGUUGCGCCGGCCUUUGCCGGCUGGGAGCUGGCAGUGGCGAGCUUCAUGUACUGGUACUUUGUUCCGGCCCUUCAGUUCCUACUCGCUAUUUCCAUCGUUGACACCUGGCAAUACUUCUUGCACCGGGCUAUGCACUUGAACCGCUGGCUCUAUGUGACGUUCCACUCUCGUCAUCACCGCCUCUAUGUACCCUACGCGUUCGGUGCUCUCUACAAUCACCCCGUCGAGGGCUUCCUUUUGGACACUGCGGGUACCGGAAUCGGCUUCUUGGUUUCCGGUAUGACCAACCGGCAAGCAAUGUGGUUCUUCACUUGCUCGACCAUCAAAACUGUUGACGACCACUGUGGAUACGCCUUCCCCUGGGAUCCGCUGCAGCAUUUCACCUCCAACAAUGCUGCCUACCACGACAUUCAUCAUCAAAGCUGGGGCAUCAAGACCAACUUCUCCCAGCCCUUCUUCAUCUUCUGGGACCGACUACUGAACACACAGUGGAAGGGCGAGGUUAAGCUUCGCUACGAGCGGGCCCGAGAGAGUGCUCAAAAGCAGGUGGACAUGGAUGCUGCCCAAGCCAAGGCUGCGGCGCCGGCUGUGCCUAUCAUUGAAGAGCGUGAACAUGAGAGAGUGGUGGUCUCCCCUGAGGGUCCAGCAACCCGGACCCGCCUCCGACGAAAGACCGUCGACAGCCUCAAAGGCCCAAGUCACGGUGUUCCCGGCAGUGUGCUUCACAACUGAGGCGCCUCUGUGAUGGGUCUUUGAAUACGUGCCAACUGUCUUUGCAUUGCAUUUCCUCGUCAGCCUCUGGAGUUGCGGGCCAUCUCCCGGGGCUGUUGGGGGGCUUCUUACUAUUGCUUCAUGUAAAUGGGAUUUUGGAUCCCGUGUAUUAAUAAUUUGAGAAUGCGCCUGUCAUUUUUCUGUACAUGGUUUCUUUCUCUCUACGGCUUCUCGCAACUUACUGUCGAUAAUGUCUAUCUUUCUUUUGCUACACUUUUACGCUUAUAAGGUCACAUAGUAUAAACUAAUCAG